AUGAAAGCCCAGAAACUAUUGAGUAUAGGUAGCGUGUUUGCUUUUUUUGUCGCACGAUGCAGAGGAAGCUGGAAUGGCCUUGGCACGAAGACAGAUGGCAGUAGUGAUCUAUGUACAUGCGGAAACAGAGUAGAAGACGAAGCAGAUAACAUAAAUUGCCUUCCUGAUGACCUAUGCAUAGAUAACACAUCAUACCGUCGUGAAUAUGAAUAUUUCAAUCCAACAACUGCGGUAGCAGAGCAGAUUGAGCCGCCCAAGGAGUAUGUAGCAGAAAGCAGAAUUGAUGAGAGCAAUUUUAGCUAUGCAUAUAGCACACUGAGCAAACCAACAGACCAAAAUAUAGCUGCAGAUAAAAUGGAUAGUGUAGAGUUUUCUUCCACUGAAUUGCCUAAAGAACAGAAAUGCGAGAUGAAACGAUGCAUAAAGUGCAAUGGCAUGUAUGCCAAUAUUUCCAAAGAGGUAGGAAAUAGUGCUGGAACAUCUACUAGUGGAGAGGAGAGAAAAACAAGCGAAAUACACAGCUUAGACUCUUUUUCUACAAAAUCACCGCUAGAUAGUUCUUUUUGGGAUAUGUAUGAUCCUUUUGGCAGGUUUGAUACAAUGAUAGACCUGCACAGCAGAUUUGAGCAGUACAUAGAAAAUGGCAGCAUGGAUGAGACUGCUCCUAAUGAGGCUGAGAAUAGUGCUAGUCCGUCUACUAGUGGAAAAAAAAGAAAAAUCAGUGAGACAAAUAAUGAAGCAGAAGCACAUACUCUUCAGCCUUUACCGAAGAGCAAGAGACAAAACGAAAAAGAUCUGCUAGAAGCAAUAUCCAGCAUUCUGGAAGAAGAUAAAGAACAGCCUGCCAAAGAAGAUAAAAAAGCACCGCCUACACCUAAAAAGGAAGAGAAAACAAAAAAGAAAAAAAUGGAAAUGAGCGAUCUUAACAUCGGUUUGUGGAACAAAAAAAGACUAAACAACCUAAGAAGGAAAGGGUAUAAAUCAAAACACAAAAAAGUGUGUGAUACAAAGAAUUUGGACAUGUCCGCAGGCAAGAAGGGAGGCAGCUAUUAUAAUAAGCUCAUAAAAGAAAUCACAGACUUUUCUGCGAAUAUUGCAGGACUGGUAGAGCAUAACGCACUCUGGUACUUUAUCGCAAGCAGAACUUCAAGUACAAGCACAAAGUAUACGGAUCUUUGGCAGCUAAAAGAGUGGCUCGAUGAGAAAGAUGAUAUCGAUAACACUGCAUACGCAGACAUGGUAGAAAGCUUUAGAGGAUACUAUCCGGGCGCUAUUGAAGAUAUGAUAGCGUAUGUAGAGAAAAACCAGCCGCUGAGAACCAGCAGAGAAAAUCCUCUAACUGUGUGGAAGGAAACCCUAGGGGAUAUUUUCACGCGAGAAUGUCUUGAGCUAAAUUACUACGUGCUGGAAGAGCAGUUCAAAAUUGGCGAAGUUUCUAAGAAAUACCACGAGAUAAUACAUGCCGUGCACAUGAUUAUGGCGCUCCCUGAGGUGUACCAGGACUUCUCCAGGAUCACUGUGAAGCUUAUAAAAGAAACAAAAACAGAUAGCAAGGUAUUUAAAAACAUGCAAAACCAAGAGAUUUUGCUAGGAAUACACAAGCUAGUACAGAUGCACAUGGAAGAAAACAUAGAAGACAAUAUGUACAAAGAUUUCUACACUAUAUUUAAAAGAAUAUACGUUAAAGAAGAUCUGAAGAAGCUGACAGCAAUCGAUCUAUACAGAGAAAUGUACAUGGUUCUAGGAAGUUUUUACGAGCGUGUGCCAGUGAUCGAUGUGAAUAAUGAGUAUGUUCUGGUGGGAAAGUGCAUAAUAACAAACCAAAAGUAUGUGGAGUGCAAAAUAGACGUAGUCCACGGACCAAAUGGAUCUCUUAUAAAAAAUUGCAAUGCAGGCUACACACAAAAAGAGAAUAAGUGGAACAUCUCAUCUGACAUCCAUUCACACUACCACGUGUACUACGUAGAUAAUGCAAAAAACAAAUACAGGAGACUGUGCAUGCCUUUUUAUAAAGACGCUAGAGGAGAAGAGCAUUGCAUGCAUACAAUCGAUGGACUAGUAGACCACAUAAAAAUGCUCUACAGAAUACACGAAGAGAGUGAUGUCGUGCACCCUUUUAAGGUAGACAAGGAAAGCAAAAGAUGGUCAUACAUCAGAGAAGACCAGAGAGACCAGACGGUAAAAGACUUGCCAGAGUAUGAAGUGAUGAUCUACCGCAUUAAAAAAGAGGUAGAAGCAGCUGAGUUUACAUUUGCAAGAUUCCUGCCUCUCAACUAUUUUAACAGAGACAGCAUUUGCAUUCCGCUGUUUCUUACAGAGAUGAUGAGGUCUGCUGUACAGCUCGGGCCUUUUAAAGAGGAAAAAGAGCACAAAAAACUGGAUUCCAUAAAGCUAGAAAAUGAAGAGCCUAGUGUGUAUGUGUAUAACAAAGAUUACGUAAGCUCGCAAUACUCUGAUGUACACCACUAUUACGGCAAUCUUUACAUACCAACGAAUGCAGAAGAAGAACAGGACAUCAGCUGUUAUGUGCUAGACUGCCAAAUAAUCGAGAAUAAAGAAGAUAGCGCUCCUACAAAGCUUGUGUGGCAUGUGAGAAUGCCCGAGAGCGUAGACGAGUUUACGCACUGUGUGAUGGACGACUCUUUCAAGAAAAAAGAAAACUCAAACAAGUUUAGCUCUUUUGUUAAAACAGUAAAGUCGAGAAAAUACUGCCAGGAUAGCAGACUCCAGGGCCUUUGGCUGAGUAACAGCCAUGCACCAGACAAAAAGACAGUAGAAAAAGAAUCUAUGGUAUAUAUCUGGAAUACAUACACAGAAGACGAGCAGAUGAUCAAUAAGAAGCCAAAAGAGAUCAAUCUGGAGGCAAAGUGGAUAGAAGACCGCUUAAAAGAAAUAGAGGAUAAACUAGCGGGCCUAGGAAGAACAAACCCAAGCCAUCUGAAGGAAAUAUGCGAUAAAAAAAAGAGACUGUUCGCCACAAAAAGCAGGCUGAAAAGAAAACUAGAAAAUCUGGACAAAGAGCUGCACACCGCGCUUUCAAGGGGAGCCAACUCCCAGGCAAAGUUCAUGGUGUUUCGAAACAUGAACAGCAGUAAAUCCAACUUGGGAGCACAUAACGAGGUUUUAGAUGUUCUGAUCUCGAUUUAUAGAAAUCAGAAAGGCAGUAGCAGCAAUAAAUAA